UCAGCAAAUGAAAUGGCUACUGUUCAUUUUGAGCUCUCGUUAAUGGCCAUAGUUUUAUUACUAACACCAAGUAGUGGUAUAGCAGCUGAUCGAAGCAGUGGGACAAAGGGCAACCUGCAGCAUGUUAAUGGCGUUGUUGGUGCCAUAGUCGACACAAGCUCCCGUAUUGGUAAAGAAGAAAGAGUAGCAAUGGAGAUCGCUAGGGAGGAUUUGUAUCGUUACUCCAAUCAAACUUUGAUUCUGCACGUAAAAGACACCGAUCAAAGGAAACCCAUCCGAGCAGCACUUGCAGGUAUGGAUCUCAUCAACACACAAGUACAGGCUAUUCUAGGACCGCAAACAUGGGAAGAGGUGUCAUUGAUUGCUGAUAUCUGCACCAAAAACCAAAUUCCCAUUUUUUCUUUUGCGGACACAACUCCAGAAUGGACAACAGAGAAGUGGCCCUUUCUACUCGGAGCUUCACACGACAAUUUUGCACAAAUGAAAGCCAUAGCUGCUGUUGUACAGUCUUGGAAUUGGCAUCAGGUAACUGUAAUACACGAAGAUGUAGGUUCUUGGACGAAUGGAGUCAUGCCAUAUCUCCAUGAUUCCUUAAGAGAAAUAGGUGCAGAAGUUAGCCAAUUCGUAGGCCUCUCGUCUUUUGCUUCUUCUGAUUCAUUAUCCAGAGAGCUUAAAAAUCUUAAAAGAGAGCAGUGUAGAGUCUUUGUUGUUCAUCUGUCAUUACCAUUGGCCGUGCGUCUAUUUGAGAUGGCGAAGAAAUUGAAAAUGAUGGAGAAAGACUAUGUUUGGAUCACUACACAUCACAUUACAAGCCUUGUCCACUCCAUCGAUGCCUCUAUCAUCUCCUCAAUGCAAGGAAUUGUAGGAGUCAAGAGCUACUUCUCGGAAACAGGAACACGUUUUCAGGAUUUUAGUUCAAGAUUUCGUAAAAGGUUUAGAAGAGAAAAUCCUGAAGAGGAAAACAAUGAGCCUGGGAUUUAUGCAGUGCAGGCCUAUGAUGCUAUCUGGACAAUAGCUCGAGCGUUGAAAGGAAGUAAUAGGAGGAAUCAAGAAUUAUUGGAAAAAGUUUUGCAAACUGACUUUCAAGGCCUGUCAGGAAAAGUUCAAUUCAACAAUCACAAAAUGGCUCCAACACAGAUGUUUCAGAUCAUCAAUGUGGUGGGAAAGAGUUAUAGGGAACUCGGGUUUUGGUCAAGUGGAUUAGGUUUCUCAGAGAUUAUUGGUAAACAUGCUACCUACAGCCCUCUUAUGAAUGAUUUGGAGCAAGUGAUUUGGCCAGGGGGGCCUAGAUAUACUCCUAGAGGAUGGACCGAACUUACAAGAGAGAAGCCACUUUUGGUUGGUGUGCCUGCAAAAUCAGGUUACAAAGAGUACGUGAAAGUGGAAUACGAUCGAUCAGGGAAUGCAACUUCUUUCGAUGGCCUUGCAAUUGAGAUCUUCAAUGCCACGGUACGACGCUUGCCAUUCUAUUUGCCAUACGAGUUCGUCGCCUUCAAUGACAUCUCUUACGAUAAUCUAGUGGGCCAAAUUGGUAAGACAUUUGAUGCCGUGGUCGGUGAUGUGGCAAUAGUGGCUAGCAGAUACUCGCAUGUGGAGUUCUCACAUCCCUUCUCGGAAACUGGAUUGAUGCUGGUCGUCCCUGCUCGGUCAAGCAAUAAAGCAUGGUCAUUUAUCAAACCCUUUACAAAAUCCAUGUGGGCUUCAAUAACCGUCAUAACUAUAUACAAUGGUUUCGUUGUUUGGCUAAUUGAGCGACAUGCUCAUCCUGAAUUAAGAGGCUCCAUGCUCCAUCAAAUAGGAGUCAUGCUUUGGUUAUCUUUCAACACUCUUUUCUCUUUACAAGGUGGAAAACUGCAUAGCAAUUUGUCAAGGAUGUCAGUGGUGGUAUGGUUGUUUGUUGCGCUAGUUGUCAUACAGACAUAUACAGCCAACCUCACCAGCAUGUUGACUGUCCAGAGGCUUGAACCCACCGUAACCAGUGUUGAGGAGCUGCUGAAAAGCAAUGCAGCCGUUGGAUACUGUUCAGGUUCAUACUUGGAAAAAUAUCUGGUAGAAGUUUUAGGCUUUACUCGCAACAAUGUUAAACAUUAUGGCUCAGCAGAAGAAUAUGCUCAAGCCUUCAAUAAGAAAGAAAUUGCUGCCGCUUUUAUUGGAACUCCUUUGGCCAAAAUAUUCCUUGCAAAAUUUUGCAAGAAAUUUAUUGCAGCUGGGCCAACAUUCAACAUCGGAGGGUUUGGAUUUGCAUUUCCUCGGGGAUCUCCAUUGCUUGCAAGUAUUAAUGAAGCUCUACUGAAGGUAUCUGAAAAUGGAACGCUAGUACAACUGGAGAACAACUUUAUUGGCGUACUUCAAAAAUGCCAGGACAAGGAAGAAGAAAAUCCUAGUCUUAGCCCCAAUGGGUUCCGGGCACUCUUCAUAAUCACUGUAGGCACAUCAACAAUUGCCCUAGUAAUUUACAUUUUUUGUAUAGCUAGUUCUUUUCCCGGACUUACAACCAUUAGGGGCCUUAUGUUCAUUAUCAUCAAACAUUGGUGCUACCAAAGCAAGAGAUUCAGCAGAAGAGUAAGCAAUGUUGAAAGCCUUGGAAAUUCUUCUCCACAGCAUGCACCAAACCAGCUCUCUCAAGUUUAAGAUCGGGAAAUCGGUUACAUUUUUUCAUUUACAUCAUGGUGUUGUCUGUAACUUCUUCUCUUUUUUUCUUUCUCUUUUUUUUUUUUUGCAAUUUUGUACAAAAGCUAAAUCAGUAAUUAUUAAUAACCAUGUAAAUAAUCCUGGGUUUUUCUUUUCCCAUACGAGAGCUAGCAGUCAUUGUAAUGAAGGCACUUACUGUAAUUUCUUUCG